CAUGGUUGAUUAUGUGUUUGUGAUAAUUGAGGAAAGGCGACAUGGGAUUCAAUUGCUGGGAGACGCUCGGAGGAGUAGGAGGCGGGAAUGGCAAUUUGUGGUGUUCACAAACUCAGUGCGAUAUGAGAGAGAGACAACUGUUAGAGAGAGAGGGAGGGAAGGAAGGAAGGAGAUACGUAAUUUUCGAGUUUUACAUCGUUCACACAACGCAAUGCUGAGGAAUUUCAAAUCAUGGGCACGGUUGCAAGGAAACCGAACCGAAGCCCUACGUCCCUCCCGCUUUUCCGUGUUCUUCUGUUCCUUCUCGUUCUCACCGGCGUCUUCCUCUUUGAGGUGGACAACUUGGCAACGCAGACCAAAACCAUUAUCGGUUACAACUUAGAACCAACGCCUUGGCAUGAAUUCCCUGCCAAACAAUUCAACAACGAAACAAAGAUCGCUCGAGCUUCCAGAAUCAUACAGUGCUCUUUCUUUUCCUGUGGAAUUAAGUCUCACACUAACCAAACCCCAUUCACUCGCAAAAUCGAAAAAUGCCCUCGUUUUUUCAGAUGGAUACAUCACGAUCUGGAGCCAUGGUCGGAAACCCGUAUUUCACACGCCCUGUUAAUGGAAGUCAAAAAGUUCGCUUCUUUCCGCGUCGUCAUCAUCAAUGGAAGAUUGUACGUGGAUUAUUAUUACGAUUGUGUCCAGAGUCGCGCCAUGUUUACCAUAUGGGGAUUUUUGCAGCUCCUUAAAAGAUUCCCAGGUAGAGUCCCAGAUGUGGACAUGAUGUUCGAUUGCAUGGACAAACCCUUAAUCGAAAGAAACUCAUCGAAUACCCCUCUUCCUAUUUUCCGUUAUUGCACCACCCCUAAUCACUACGACAUCCCGUUUCCCGACUGGUCUUUUUGGGGCUGGCCAGAAAUCAACAUAGGACCAUGGGAAGAAGAGUUUCAAAGCAUUAAAGAAGGUUCGCAGAAACAAAGCUGGAAGAACAAGUAUCCGUAUGCAUAUUGGAGAGGAAACCCAGAUGUUGUUUCUCCGAUCAGAGAAGCAUUGUUGCAGUGUAACGACACUGAACAAUGGGGAGCAGAAAUCAUGCGUCAGAAUUGGACCCGAGAAGUAAUGGAUGGGUUUAAGCAGUCGAAACUAUCGAACCAAUGCAAUCAUCGGUAUAAAAUAUAUGCUGAGGGUUAUGCUUGGUCUGUAAGCUUGAAAUACAUUUUGGCAUGUGGUUGUGUUCCUCUUAUAAUCAACCCAAAGUAUGAUGAUUUCUUCAGCCGAGGCCUUUUUCCAAAAAGAAACUACUUACCCAUCUCUCCAGAAAACAUAUGUCCAUCAAUUAAAACAGCGGUUGAAUGGGGAAAUGAAAAUCCAAUCAAGGCGGAUGAGAUAGGGAAAUCGGUGCAAGAUUUUAUGGAGAGAUUGAAUAUUGAUAGGAUUUAUGAUUACAUGUUUCAUUUGAUAGUGGAAUACGCAAAGCUGUUGGAUUUUAAACCAGUUAGGCCUUCGACUUCACACGAAGAGUGUGUGGACUCUUUGUAUUGUUUUGCGGAUCAAAAGCAAACAGGUUUUUUAGCAAGAUCAGCGACUAUGCCUUCAGACGCACCUCCUUGUAUGCUCCCUCAACAGGCAAACAGACAGAUUGAUAAAAUGAUAGCUCAGAAAGCUAACAUUAUAAAUUCUACCCAACUUUUGAUGUAAAUCUUAUCUUUGUACAGUUGUAAAUUGUGAUUUCAGGUUUAUAUAUAUAUGUAUUACUUCUUG